UUCCGGUGGCGUCCAUGCGGGCCGGAGGAGCAGCGGUUGUGGACCCGUGUAAAUUAACAUUGCUUGUGAAUUGGUAAAAAAGACACAAUGGAGACUAAGGACCAGAAGAAACACAGAAAGAAAAAUAGCGGGCCCAAAGCGGAGAAGAAAAAGAAACGACACCUACAAGAUCUGCAGCUUGGAGAUGAGGAGGAUGCCCGGAAAAGAAACCCCAAAGCUUUUGCAGUACAAUCUGCUGUGCGGAUGGCUCGCUCCUUUCACAGGACCCAGGAUUUAAAGACCAAAAAGCAUCAUAUUCCAGUGGUCGAUCGAACCCCUCUAGAGCCCCCACCGAUAGUGGUGGUGGUGAUGGGGCCUCCAAAAGUUGGAAAGAGUACUUUGAUCCGGUGCCUCAUACGGAACUUCACCAGGCAGAAGCUGACAGAGAUCAGAGGUCCUGUAACCAUUGUGUCAGGUAAAAAACGCAGACUAACCAUUAUUGAAUGUGAUUGUGACAUAAACAUGAUGAUUGAUCUGGCUAAAGUAGCUGAUUUGGUUUUGAUGCUCAUAGAUGCCAGUUUUGGAUUUGAAAUGGAAACAUUUGAAUUUCUAAACAUCUGCCAAGUACAUGGCUUUCCUAAAAUUAUGGGCAUUCUCACUCAUCUUGAUUCCUUCAAAUAUAAUAAACAACUGAAGAAGACGAAAAAGCGAUUAAAACACAGGUUUUGGACAGAAGUCUACCCAGGUGCCAAGCUGUUCUACCUCUCUGGAAUGGUACAUGGAGAAUACCAAAACCAAGAAAUUCACAACUUGGGACGUUUUAUUACAGUUAUGAAGUUUAGGCCUCUUACAUGGCAAACCUCUCAUCCUUACAUCCUGGCGGACAGGAUGGAAGAUUUGACAAACCCAGAAGAUAUUCGAACAAAUAACAAAUGUGACCGGAAGGUAUCUCUUUAUGGUUAUUUAAGAGGAGCACACUUGAAAAAUAAAAGCCAAAUUCACAUGCCAGGUGUAGGGGAUUUUGCUGUAAGUGACGUUAGUUUCCUUCCCGACCCCUGUGCACUUCCUGAACAACAAAAGAAGCGCUCUUUGAAUGAGAAGGAGAAGUUGGUGUAUGCCCCUCUCUCGGGAGUUGGUGGUGUGCUGUAUGACAAAGAUGCUGUCUAUGUCGACCUCGGUGGCAGCCAUGGCUUCCAGGAAUCGGAUGAGGUGAGGCCCACCCAUGAACUGGUCCAGAAUCUUAUUUCCACCCAUGCCACCAUUGAUGCUAAAAUGGCUUCAAGUAGAGUGACACUUUUUUCUGAUUCCAAACCACUGGGGUCAGAGGAUAUAGAUAAUCAAGGGCUGUUGAUGCCAAAAGAGGAAAAACAUGUGGAUUUGAAAACUGGACGAGUGCGUCGGAAAGCUAUUUUUGGAGAUGAAGAAGAUGAGUCUGGUGAUAGUGAUAAUGAAGAUGAUGAAGAAAUGUCUGAAGAUGACAGAUUGGAAAAUAGCUCAAGUGAUGAUGAAACAGAAGAGGAAGAUGCAGAAAUGCCUGAUAAAGACUGUGUGACCAGGAAACGUGUCAAACGGCAGAGACUUGAAGAGAUGGAAGAAGAUGCUGAGGUGGAUUUGCCAGCAUUUGCUGAUAGCGAUGAUGACCUUGAGAGGGGCUCGGAGGAUGGAGAAGCAGAGGAAGCUGAUGAAAGCAGUGAUGAGGAUUCCCCUGUAGGAAAGACGGGUAUUUUAGAGCCUAAGGCUCUCCGAGAAGGUGAUAAGGUGGGACAGUUACAGACUAGUGGUUUGAGGGACAAUUUGAAUCAGGAGAAGUCUUCGACAUUGCGAAAAGCAACCAUCACCAUUUCAGAUUCAGGUCAUUGCACAGCCGAAGAGGCAUUUGCAUCUGAAGAUGAAUCUGAAGAAAGUUCCUCUCUGAGUGCAGAGGAAGAGGAUUCAGAAAAUGAAGAAGAUAAUGGGGAAAAGUUUCCUAAGCCACCUCAAGUAAUCAUCGGUCAGAAACUGAGUUCAGAGAACUUAACUGAUGAGACCAGUGAUAUAGAAGAUUUACUCAAAGAGGAAGACGAUUACAAGGAAGAAAACAACUAUUCUCUAGAAACUUCAGGAGCCCUCAAGUGGAAGGAAGAUCUUUCCAGGAAAGCAGCGGAAGCCUUUCUAAGGCAGCAGCAGACAACUCCAAACCUCCGAAAGCUCAUUUAUGGAACAGUGACAGAAGAUAACGAAGAAGAUGGUGAUGAUGGGGAAGAGCUUGGAGGGUUGUUUCGUGUCAGCCAGCCUGCCAGAGAGUGUAAGCACAAGGCUGAUUCUUUGGACUGCUCCAGAUUUCAUGUGGAGGCCCCCCAUGAUUGGGAUUUAGAGGAGGUUAUGAACAGUAUCAGAGAUUGCUUUGUGACUGGGAAGUGGGAAGAGGAUAAAGAUGCAGCCAAGAUCUUAGCAGAAGAUGAGGAGCUCUAUGGUGACUUUGAAGACCUGGAAACGGGGGAUGUACACAAAGGAAAAUCCAACACGGAUUCUCAGAGUGAAGAUGAGGAGGAAGAAGUCAAGGAAAAAAUUGACCCCAGUGAAGAAGAAAGCGCCAAGAAAAAACAUUUGGAGAAGAAGAGAAAAUUGAAGGAGUUGUUUGAUGCAGAAUAUGAUGAAGGAGAGAGCACAUACUUUGAUGAUCUAAAAGGAGAAAUGCAUAAGCAAGCACAGCUUAACCGAGCAGAAUUUGAAGAUCAAGAUGAUGAUGCCAGAGUUCAGUAUGAGGGUUUUCGACCUGGGAUGUACGUCCGAAUUGAGAUAGAAAAUGUUCCCUGUGAAUUUGUGCUCAACUUUGACCCACAUUACCCAAUUAUUUUGGGUGGUUUGGGCAAUAGUGAAGGCAAUGUUGGAUAUGUGCAGAUGCGUCUGAAGAAACAUCGCUGGUAUAAAAAGAUCCUCAAGUCGCGAGAUCCGAUCAUUUUUUCUGUAGGGUGGAGGAGAUUUCAGACCAUCCCACUGUAUUAUAUCGAAGACCACAAUGGAAGACAGAGGCUCUUGAAAUACACCCCGCAGCACAUGCAUUGUGGAGCGACAUUUUGGGGUCCCAUCACUCCACAGGGAACAGGGUUCUUGGCAAUACAAUCUGUCAGUGGCACAAUGCCAGAUUUCCGGAUAGCUGCCACAGGAGUUGUCCUCGAUCUGGAUAAAUCUAUAAAAAUUGUGAAAAAAUUAAAGCUCACUGGUUUUCCAUUUAAAAUUUUCAAAAAUACUUCAUUCAUUAAGGGAAUGUUUAAUUCUGCCUUAGAAGUGGCAAAAUUUGAAGGUGCUGUCAUUCGAACUGUCAGUGGAAUAAGGGGACAGAUCAAGAAAGCCCUCCGGGCUCCAGAAGGAGCUUUCCGGGCCAGCUUUGAGGAUAAGUUACUGAUGAGCGAUAUCGUCUUCAUGAGAACUUGGUAUCCUGUUUCCAUCCCAGCCUUCUAUAAUCCAGUCACAUCUUUAUUGAAACCUGUUGGUGAAAAAGACACCUGGUCAGGAAUGCGGACUACUGGCCAGCUACGGCUGGCUCAUGGUAUCAAACUAAAGCCCAACAAGGAUUCUCUCUAUAAGCCAAUCAUGAGGCAAAAGAAGCAUUUUAAUUCUCUGCAUAUUCCAAAAGCCUUGCAGAAGGCCUUGCCAUUUAAGAGCAAGCCUAAGACUCAAGCAAAGGCAGGCAAGACGCCGAAGGACAGGAUAAGACCAGCUGUCAUACGGGAGCCUCAUGAAAGGAAGAUCCUCGCACUGCUUGAUGCUCUGAGUACAGUGCACAGUCAGAAGAUGAAGAAGGCCAAGGAGCAGCGGCACCAGCACAAUAAAGAACACUUCAAAAUGAAGCAGAAAGAGGAAGAAGAAAAACUGAAACGACAAAAGGAUCUCAGGAAGAAGCUAUUCCGAAUUCAAGGCCAGAAAGAAAAAAGAAAUCAGAAGUCCAGCCUAAAGGGACCAGCUGAGCAACCUAAGUAAGCCCAGAUGGAUUGCCCUUUGCACCCGCAGAGGUGGGUGUUUCCGGUGUUACUGUGUUUGUAAAGAACAAGGAAGACCUUUUAUUGGAUAUACCGCGCAGACUGUGCCUUUAAAAGGAGAAAUGAAAACUGCUGAUAGGACACCUGUUCAUUCCUAGUGCCUGGGUUAUGCCAAAAUUGAAAAUGAUUUAAUUUAUGGUUUUAUAGUUUCCCUCACAUUCCUUUUAUCUGACUCAGUUUGUUUGUACCACUCAAAAAAAAAAUUCAUUAAAUAUUUUCCUGUUAACUCCUUAAUAGUUUUUAUUAAGGAUAAGAAUGAAUGUUUGAUGAUUGUCGAUAAGCUCCUUGCUUUUUCUGUCACUUCUAUGAUGAGUCUUCCAAAAGGGAAAACAAUAGUAAAUUGAAACCUCAGCUUUAAUGUGAUAUUUUAGAGAAGGGUAUAAUUUGGCUCUUGUCUGCUAUAUGUUAUGUUCUUUGAUUAUGGCCCUAAUAUAAAUUUUAUCUUAUUUUACACAUUUUAUAUGGUAGUCUAGUCGAUAGAGAAGGAAUAGAAAACACUAUCAGCUCAGGGAAUUGCUAUCUCAGCUACAUAGGGACCCAAAGGAAAAUGUAUAUUCAUCAGUAGGUUUCAUUCACUUUCCAGUUUGGAUUUUUAUUGAUCUCAUCUUAUGCAGUCCAUAUGAUUACAUGUUGAUAUGAUUGUGUGUGGUAUAAUCAUAGAGUCACACACUGUAGUACUAUUGCACUGUCGUCCCAUUGUUCUUUGAUUUGCUCCAGUGGGCACCAGUAAUGUCUCCAUUGUGAGAGUUGUUACUGUUUUUUGGUAUAUUGCAUACACCAUGGGUAGCUUGCCAAGCUCUGCUGUGCAGGCGGGAUAUUCUCAGUAGCUUGCCGGGCUCUCCAAAGGAGACGGAGGAACCGAACCAGGUCAGCCGCAUGCAAGGCAAACGCCCUACCCACUAUGCUAUCACUCCAGUCCAGAUUUAUAGAGUUUUACAAAUUCCCCUUCUUACCUCCAGUUGUAAUAUUUUGUACAAAUAUAAUACAACAUGGUAAUCAGGACCUUGACAUUGAUAGUUUUUAUAUUAUUUAGCAUUUCCAUUUUAUUUAUAUUCAUAUGUGUCAGAGGGGUGGAAAAUAUGAAACACUUCACAAAAUUGCCGAUUAUCUCCUAGAGCCCAGACUUUGGGGAUGACACAAAAGGAACUGUUUAUAGAUCCCAGAAAAGGUGAAAAUUCCUGAGAAUUUCAGAAGGCAGAGCCCAACAGGCUCCAUAGUGGGAGGCAGGAGAAAUUCCAACGGGCAUAGCUGCUUUAACCGAUGAAGCAGCGUAAAGAUCGCCUGACCUCCCUCCACUGGCCUGGAGCAGUGGACAGUCUCGUCUUUUCUCAGGGAUGGUGCCCCAUCCUCCCAGGCUCUAGGCAGUGCCACAGCAGUCUGAGACCUGCCUGGUGAGUGGGCAGAUGAGCUGGCCGUCCCAGGGCACCUCUCCACCCAUAGGAAGAGUCCAUGACCUUGCAGGUUGGCAGUCCCUGGGUGGCACUGGGGUUGAAGAACAGGUAGCUGACCUUCCCUGAGAACAUGAGGAGCAGGGGUGGGCAGUGGGCAUCAGAUGUGAGAAAAGGGAGAGAGCAUGAGCUGAACAACAGAAGCCGCAGAUAAAUCCACCAAACAUGAAAAUCAUUUACAUAUGCACAAUAAAAAUCCUCAGGAGGAUAUUGGAAAUGUGAAGCUAGAUGCAGGCAGAGAUGAAAAAGAACCAGCUGGGGAUAUUGGGUCUGAACAAUGUAAAUGCCAGAACAAUGAAUUCAUGGGGAGGCCGAAGAGCAGAAGAACCUCUCCAGGCAGGAGAUUGGUUGGAGGCUCUUAGAAGAGAAGGGGAAGGGGUCAGUGAGAUGGCAGAUUAAAGAGGGAUCCGAGUGAGAGAGAAGCAGCCAAAUGUAUCUAAUUACGAGUCUCAGAAGGAGCGGGAAAAGCAACAGAUAAGAGGAAAUAGAAAUUAUAUGCAUCAGGCAGGAAAGAAAGGCAUUUGCAUUUCCCUCUUUCCUUUGCUGUUGUUGCUUCAGUUCCGUGGACUGGGGGUUCGCACCCUGUGCUCAGGGCUGCCAGGGUCACACUCAGCGUGUGGAGGUUUGUUAGGGGAUUGUGUGGCCCCUGUCUUGGUUCAAAGCCAGAUUUCUACCACUAGGCUCUCCUGGCUCCAGCUCCUGCACUCUCUCAGUGAAAAUUUUGUGUAUUGUUUGAACAUUUGUCUAUUUUAAGUCAAGAUUCUGAAAACCUCCAAAGAGAAUAAAAAUAAUACAGAGAAGCAGGAGUCAUUCUGCCACAGAAAUGACAGAUGAAAGGAAGAGAAGGGCAGUGGCAACAUGCGAAAGGAAGCGGUGUCCUGCACUGAUAUGGGAGGGUGGAAUGAGGCACUGUCAAGUGCUGUGAGACCUCUAAAACUCCAAAACACCAAUGCACCCCUUACAGGAUAACAUAUUUGAGCAGGAAACCCAGGGCGAUGCCUCCAGCUUUGGGUGACUUAGGAUUGCGUGUUGAUAUUGAAGAAAGCAACCGUUCGACAAGAGUUGUUAAGCAGAGUGACAGAUGGCCCAGGGAGUGGGGUUGGGCUGAGGACACUACUUUGACUGGGUGAGUGCUGAAGCUCUCCCUGCCCUGUUGGAGGGAAGUCACAGACAUCUCCCAGGGACAACAAAACUCACAAAGGCAGCUGAUCCAGUUAAGGAGUCUACUUCCAGAGACUGAAUGUGGGAGUAUUAUUUACAAACCAUUGAAAGGAAAUUUGCUUUUUUUCCCCCAGUGGAAAAUAGGAAAGAGAAAAGAGGAAGGUGUCUCUGUGUGUGUCUGUGU